CGCAUCGCAGAAGCCAGCAGAGCCUCGUACCGGGCGCCUUACAGCCACUUGGUUUGGACCAAGCACGUCUAACCGAACAUCUCUGCACCGGCCUCCUCGCGGCAGAUGUUGAAGCGUCACAAAGCAGAAUGAAGAAUAAAGUGGAUGGAAAGGAUGUAGUUUUAAUCACCACCUUAUACGUUGUCUGAAAUAUAAUAUGGCAACGGCUGGGUGAAUUUAAGUUUGAUUUUUAUUUUUUAUUUAUUUUUUCACAUAUUCGAAGUACUAGCGGGUAUCCGCAGAAUAAGGGAACUUUGCGCAAGGCGUCUUCAACUGUCACCUGUGCGCGCGGAGUUCCUCUGAGCUGAAAUAAAACGUAAUAAGACGUUUCAUGGUCGCAAAAUUGAAACUAAAGCAAAAAAUCUUUGAGCAAUGUGUGCAUAGUGGGAGACUUUUUUCAUUCAAAGGAAAUAUUUCAGAAACAGUGAUCUUGCUUUUUCUUUGAUUAUGGAGAACAAAUGAAACGGAUAUUUCCAUUGGAUUAAACCGCUGAAAGCACACCAUCAGAAUGCGGGAGGGAGACCUACGGAGCUGGUGUAAGUGGCUGCUGCUGCUGACCCUCUGCAUGGUUUCUCUAUGGGGACGCAUGACAAUGGCAUCAUCGUAUCGGAGCCACAUGGUGCACGUCAAAGCCGGCACCUGCGAGGUGAUUGCCGCCCACCGCUGCUGUAACAAGAACAAGAUUGAGGAGCGGUCCCAGACGGUCAAGUGCUCCUGUUUCCCUGGACAGGUUGCCGGGACGACCAGGGCCGCCCCUUCCUGUGUGGAUGCCUCCAUAGUUGCCCAGAAGUGGUGGUGCCAGAUGCAGCCUUGCAUGGAUGGGGAAGAGUGUAAGGUUCUUCCGGAUCUCAAGGGCUGGAGCUGCAGCACGGGAAACAAAGUCAAGACCACGAAGGUCACCCGAUAGUCCCGGUGCGGAGGACCAGGACAGUUGUUGUUGGGCACAUUUUAUAUAUCUAUCACAACCAUCGGAAGAAUGGAUAUGCACUCAUGUCCCAGGUCAGACUAAGAGAACAGUGUUGACCUUCCAGAACAGCACUCCUGGUGUGCUGGACUAAAUCAGAGGUGCAAAGACUAACCUGUAUGGAUUCAGGAACCUUAGGACCUGUAAACAUGUAAAAGUGAACUUCUGAACUACCAGUCACCUCCAAUAUCUUGUCUUACAUAUCUUGGUCAUUUGGCUUAUUUCAUACUAUGGACUUGAAUACCCACCGUUAAAGUCAUUAUUCAGUCAAUGAGAAGCCAAGGGAUUAGACACAAGCAUCUUAAAGAAGAAAUGAAGACUGCGCUGCAUUUUUUUAUUGCCCCAAAUGCUGUAGAUUGCCUACAGAUGUACUUGUGUUUAAAGCUUACCUUAUUUUUUUUCUAUUUUUUGAAGCUUAUAUUAUUUAAGUAUACAUUCCAAUGAGGAUUUUCUUUUUCACUGUGGGAUUAAGUUGGAGUAUCCGUGAUUGAUCUUAAUUUCUUUACCGAUCUUUAUCUUUUUAGGAAGUCAGCAGAAUACCAAGUAGAUGUGACAAUACAUGAUACACGUUGAAACGUAGUGUAAAAAAGGUUCACAGAAUUGAUCUAAAUAAAGUAAGUUGAGCUUCGAAAAAAAAUUUACUAUCUGUUUUUAAAGGCAAAGUGGCUAAUAUUGAGUGAAUGUGUCAGUAUUAUCUUAAAUAAAAUUCUAUCA